GGCCUUGGUACCUUCCUCCUACCCCAACCUCGUCAACGCAGCGCUGCGCUACGAGGUCGAACAUCACCAGCAGGAUGGCAGAGUCGUUCAGGGGCGCACACGCGGUGCUACAGCGCAGCCUAGCAUCAGCGAGGUACUCACCGCAAUGCCGCUUCCUCAACACCUCCUCAGCAUCUCGUUCAAUAGCUCGGCCAACUUCCCUCCUCAUCCUCUCUGCCUCUCCUCGCUUCUCAGCAGCAUGUACGCAGCAAGCAGGCGUACGCUCAUUCUACGCCUCUGCUGUGGCGCAUAGAGUACCCCCGCGCGACCCAUUGGAGGCAGAGCGCGAAGCAGGCACCGUCGCAGGUAAUCGUCACGCACGAGCGAAGGCAGAUGCCUUGGCCGCCGAGGCAGCGGCAAAGCAGCAAUCAGGGAGUGGAGGUAGCAACAGUGGUGGCAAAAAUGGUGGAAGUGACGGAGGUCGCCCCUCUCUGACCGCACGCAUGGCAGACUCAUGGCGCCGAACUCCAGUCACAUGGUACCCGAUCCCGAUCCUGCUCGGCGCCAUUGUCCUCGUAGGGGUACAGGCGAGGCGCAACUAUGUGGCAGAUAUGGAGGCUAGUGGUGGUGCUGGUGGGAAGCGUGGGAAGAUCGUGGACGAGAACGGGCAGGUUGUCACCAUGAGUGGGCCAUGGACUGUCUACGUCCUUGGCGCCCUCCCGCUGAAUGCCAUCUCACGGCUCUGGGGCUGGGCGAAUAACCUUACCCUCCCCGUCUGGUUCAGACCCAUGGGCUUCCGCCUCUACGCCCGCAUCUUCGGCUGCAACCUUGACGAGAUGAAGGACAAGGACCUCACGCACUACUCCUCGCUCGGCGAAUUCUUCUACCGCGAGCUCGUGGAUGGCGCACGCGCCAUCGAUGAUGAAGCUCCGAUUGUGUCGCCUGCCGAUGGAACUGUCCUUCAUUUCGGGACCAUCCAGGGCCGCCGAGUGGAGCAGGUGAAAGGAAUCACAUACUCCCUCGAUGCGCUCUUGGGACUGAGUAGCGACCCGCAGGGCAUCGAUGAGGCACAUGGUGGACCAGGCUCCCAGCUGGAUGAAAAGCAGUUUGCUGCCAUCAAUGGCAUCGACUACUCGCUCGACCGACUUCUCGGUGAUGAGAAGAAGCCGGGCAAGAUCAAGCGAUUCGUCAGCUGGAGGUGGUGGAAGAGCAAGGUCUGGGGGAAGAGCAGCAAGGAGACCGCCACGCCUGCGACGACCGGCGGUAGUUCAACGCCGAUCCCGCAGUCAAGAAGACCAAGCGAUGCAGAGCCUGGUGCCACCAAGGAGCAGCCCAGCAGCGACGACAGCGACGACGAAGACGGCGAUAUCAGCGAAGCGGGCGUAGAGACCCCUGAUUCACCCGAGAUCCUCUCCCGCUACGCCUCCGUUGCCUACGAAAUGGGCUCUGGUGCCCUUCCUCCCUUCCUGCAACGUCAUUCCCCUGUCGGACACCAAGGCGAGGGCCUCGCAGAGGGUAAUCGUCUCCAUUUCGCCGUCAUCUACCUCGCCCCAGGAGACUACCAUCGCUUCCACUCCCCGACCAACUGGGUGGCAGAACGUAGGAGACAUUUCCGCGGCGAGCUCUAUUCCGUCAGCCCCUACAUUGCGAAUCGCCUAGGCAAUCUUUUCAUCCUCAACGAGCGCGUGGCCCUACUAGGUCGCUGGCGCUACGGCUUCUUCAGCAUGAUCCCUGUGGGCGCGACGAAUGUCGGGUCCAUCCGCAUCAAUUUCGAUACCGAGCUGCGCACGAAUGUCAAGGAGCAGCGCCCUCUAGCUGGUACCUACUCCGAGGCGUCUUACGGCAAAGCGUCGCGUCUUCUUGGCGGACAGCCUCUGUCCAAGGGAGAGGAGAUGGGUGGUUUCCUCCUAGGAAGCACGAUUGUGCUCGUCUGGGAGAGUCCGGAAUUUGCCUUCGAGGUCAAGCCGGGACAGAAGGUCAAGGUGGGAGAGAGAUUGGGCGACCUAGGUAGGGUCGCAAAGGGGGAGAGGGAAGAGCCCGAGGCAGGAACGAGGCAGAGGAAGUGGUAUAGGCUUUGGAGGCUGUGAGGAGGGCGCUCGCAUACAUACACUCUCUUCUUUGCAGCGUAGUUGCUGAUGCUGAUGCUGGACGAUCGCACGAAAUGAUAGCAAAACGUCAAACAAGCUAGAUUGGUAUUGCGGAGCGGUAGAGGUGUGCGCUAGACGGAUGAUCAUGGUAUGCUGGGAACGAUUGGCCUCCGUACGGCGUCACACGGCUUGGUCUACCUUCUCCCACUCCUCGCUGCUGUCAUCUUCGUCGUCCUCGUCCUGCCUUUCCUCCGCCUCCUCACCCUGCCCUUGACCCUGGUCCUGCGUCGCCAUCAACCCAGCAGGCGGCAGCGUGCCGUUCUUCUUCUCUCCCAUCACCCGCUCCACAACCUCGUGCGUACGAUCGCGCCACCUCCUCGCCAGGCCGCGAACAUUGCACUCCUCCUCGCUCCCAUUGUCCACCACCUUUCCAACCUCAUCGCUCUCUGGCUGCCAGGCGUCAAUACGACCGAAGUGGACGUAU